AUGGCUCGCGCAGGCCACUCGGGGACGGUCGUCGGCUCGGCCAUUGUCGUGCGCGAGAAGUACUACUGGCCCGACCUGCAGCUCAACAUCUGGACCAUCGUCAUGCUGGCCACCGCAGGCACCAUCCUCGGCGUCAACGCGCAGUUCAUGCAGACGCAGGACCGCAUGGGCCUGGGCACGCCCUGGAUCAUGCCCUACGGCGUCACCGUCGGCGCAAUGGCCAUCCUCUUCAUCCUGCUCGAGAUCCUGUACAUCGCGCAGCGCAAACUGCUCCCCGUCACCAUGAUGCUGCUGUCCUUCAUCCUGCUCGUGCUGUUCCUCGCCGGCGUCAUCGGCACCGCGAUCCAGCUCUUCGCGGGGCCCAACAUCAUCAACCAGUGCAACACAUAUGUGUUCAGCGAUUCGAGCAGCGGGCCGACGCUCGAUACGCUGGCGUUCCUGCAGCAGCGCAAUAUCUGUCAGUGCUGGCAGGCCGUGUUUGCGUUUUGGAUCAUCGGGUCGGUGUUUUUGAUCUGGAUGAUGAUUAUGGCGAGUCAGGUCAAUUCGAAUCAGUACCGCGAUUGA